GACAUAUUCAUCCAAGAAGGCGUUUUGACAGUUACUCCAGUCACCCCACGUACAGGAAGUGGAAACUAAAGUCUUCCGCUGUUCUAGUCAGACUUAACACAUUGCCCUGGUGUACGUGAGCCCCACUCUCACGCAGCAUGGACAAGCUUUUUCAUAUAACUCUUCUUUCAUUGUUUAUUCAAGCAAUAUGUCAAGAUCCAAAAUCAGACUGUCCUGAAUUUGUCAACGAGGGAGACACUCUGUUGUGUAUCUGCACGCCACCCGAUAUUAAGUCACUUUCUCAUGAUUACUCACUGAAAUGGAUUCAAUCGGGAUCAACCAUUCUCAAAGUUCCUAAUGUGACACGUGCAAACACCGGAAAAGUGUUCACCUGCUCGAUGAUGUUGAAUGGACGACAGUCGUUCACUCACUACCAGCUAAAAGUUGCAUAUGGACCAGCAAGUGUGACUAUAGAAGGUCCGUCCACUUUUGUAACUGAUGGACUGAAGCCUAUGACUCUGAAGUGUAAUGCGACGGACGUGUACCCGUCGCCUGUUUACACCUGGGACAACAUCCACUGCGACUCCACCAAUAAGAAUGAUGCAUGCACGUUCAGUCCAAAGGGGGAGAGAGAUAACGGGAAGGAAGUUGUGUGCACAGUGACUAACGGAAUAAGUACAACAAAAGCAAGGUACCGCCUUGACCUGCGCUAUCCGCCUUUGCUUCCUCCCGUUCUUACAUCCUCCUCCAGUGAGAAUUCUAUCGAAAAGGGGGACAUAAUCACUUGCUCUGUCUCGGGAGGCCACCCACCAGUAACAUCAGUCACACUGGGGUGUUCAGACCCUCUCCUUGUCUACCGUUUGAACACAACGGAAGGGUCCACACGCAACACUUCCUUGGUCUUCACGACCACUUCCAACACCAUUGAGUCCUUGCUGUGCUACUGUCAUGUUCUUUGGGAACCAGAUAAGGGUCUCUAUGAGCACAACGUGACCCAUGUCUUCAACAUAAAAGCUACUCCGGGUGACCCCACUACUGACUGUCCUGAGUUCGUUGUUGAGGGCGAGACGCUGAACUGCUAUUGUUUAGCUCCUGAAGCUGUCAAGCCACGUGACUUUUCCUUGACAUGGUCAGAUGGACGUCACUCAGACAAUCUAGUGAAGAACGAUGUUUCCCGUCGCCACAAUAACACGUUGUUCAAGUGCUCGAUGACUUGGAAUGGGGAGACAAAGACAGUUUCCUACACACUACGUGUGGCAUAUGGUCCAGGAAAUGUAACAAUUAAAGGUCCCUCAGUAUUCGUGACGAACGGUUCACGUGUCAUGACCUUGACUUGUGAAGCGUCGGACGUGUACCCUCCCCCUGACUAUGUCUGGAGCGGUGAUGUCCCUUGCAGAACCAUCCUCAGAAAUGUGUGCAGGCUCACUCCAAAGGGAAGUCAUCAUCAUGGGAUGAAAGUCAGAUGCACAGCUACUAGCUCCUUUUUUGUUUCAAGGCCGGUAGUGGUUACAGAUGAAUACAGUCUUAAUUUGCAAUAUCCGCCUUUGCUUGCUCCCGUUCUUACAUCCUCCUCCCGUGAAAAUUCUAUUGAAAAAGGGGACAUAAUCACUUGCACUGUCUCGGGAGGCCACCCACCAGUAACAUCAGUCACACUGUGGUGUUCAGACCCUCUUCUUGUAUACCGUUUGAACACAACAGAAGGGUCCACACAUAACACUUCCUUGGUCAUCAGGACCACUUCCAACACCAAUGAGUACCUGAUUUGCUACUGUCAUGUUCUUUGGGAACCAGACAAGAGUCUCUACGAGCACAAUGUGACCCGUGUCUUCACCAUAAAAACUACUCCGGGUGUCCCCACUACUGACUGUCCUGAGUUCGUUGUUGAGGGUGCGACGCUGAACUGCUAUUGUUUAGCUCCUGAAGCUGUCAAGCCACGUGACUUUUCCUUGACAUGGUCAGAUGAACGUCACUCAGACAAUCUAGUGAAGAACGAUGUUUCCCGUCGCCACAAUAACACGUUGUUCAAUUGCUCGAUGACUUGGAAUGGGGAGAUAAAGACAGUUUCCUACACACUACGUGUGGCAUAUCCGCCUAUGAUUGCUCCCGUUCUUACAUCCUCCUCCCGGGAAAAUUCUAUCGAAAAGGGGGACAUAAUCACUUGCUCUGUCUCGGGAGGCCACCCACCAGUAACAUCAGUCACACUGUGGUGUUCAGACCCUCUCCUUGUCUACCGUUUGAACACAACAGAAGGGUCCACACGUAACACUUCCUUGGUCUUCACGACCACUCCCAACACCAAUGAGUCCCUGCUGUGCUACUGUCAUGUUCUUUGGAAACCAGACAAGAGUCUCUAUGAGCACAAUGUGACCCGUAUCUUCAACAUAAAAAGGUCGUCACAGCAGUCCAAGGACACGUUAUCUUUGUUGGCGCUAUUAGGAGGAAUGGUGGGUAUCUUAACCAUUGUGUCCAUAAUUGCUGGACUUGCUGUUUACAUUUCACGACGGAAAGGUCUUGUUGGUUAUGACGAUGCAUGCCUUUAGGGCAUCGGGGAAUUAGACACAUCGCGUCCCUAGAUCACUUAGGGGCCAGCAAAGAUCAGCCCACCCUUUACUUGCGGCAAAGGUCGAGACACGUGUCCUACGUCGAGUGCGCUAGCGGGUGGUUCCACCCCUAAGUAUAGAGACGCCCCUCGCCGCCUGUAACUCGCGUGCGGCUCGCUAAACAUGGCCGCUGUGUACUUGAUGAUGUAUAUGACGCGGACAGAAAUCUUCGCAGAAACAGAAUAUUUCGCGAUUAAAGUAAUCCCAUUGAUUCCUGGGAUGAUUUAGCCCUCUAUCAACGAUUAAUAUUUUGAUGUAAUGACAUCCUGGAGAUUGUCGAUGACAUACAAGCGGACUUAGUCAUUACAAAUCGGCGGCGCAAUGCCACAGCUACAUUGCAAGUGUGUCUUGCACUUCGUUUUUAUGCAACGGGCGCCUUUCAGAAUGUGUGUGUGGUGUGUGUUAUCUAUGUGUGUGUAGUGUGUGUGGUGUGUGUGUGUUAUGUGUGUGUGUGGUCUGUGUGUGGCCUAUUUCAGCUGAAUGGUAACGGUACAAAUAAACAAAGGUAUGCAGUACCAAUGUUGUCAUUUUAUCUACAGACUAUAAGGACUUCAUACGUUGUAUUUACGAGCGUUUCUCACAAACAUUCGAUUCUUUUCAGUCAGUUUAAGACACUUGCUAGUCACUGUCAUCGACACUGAUCUUUUUACCUUCUCAAAUACUUUUUGCCAAAACAAACAAACAAACAAACAAAACACUAAAAAC